AUGGCAGUGAGUAAUCAAACAAUAGUGACUGAGUUUUUCCUGCAAGGUUUCUCUGAGACUCCUCCACUUCAGCUUGCCCUCUUUUUUAUCUUCUUCUUUCUUUACAUAAUGGCUCUAAUAGGCAAUGCUCUCAUUGUGUGGGCUAUAAGCCUAGAUUCAGGUCUCCAUACACCUAUGUACUUUUUUCUUGCCAAUUUGGCAAUCUUAGAUAUUGGAUGCACAUCUACAGUUCUUCCUAAGUUGCUGGAAAAUCUUGUGGAUAAGAAAUCCAUCUCCUAUGAUGGCUGUAUGACCCAGUUGUAUUUCCUCACAUGGUUUUUGGGUGCUGAACUUCUGCUUUUCACAGCCAUGGCUUAUGACAGGUAUGUGGCCAUCUGUCACCCUCUCCAUUACACUACCAUGAUGAGCAGAAUGGUUUGCAUCUUCCUAGCUGGUAGUGUGUGGGCCAUUAGUGCCGUCAGCUCAUCAGUACACACUGGCCUUAUGGCACACUUAACCUUCUGUGGCCCCAAUCAAAUUAAACACUUUUUGUGUGAAAUCCCCACUUUGCUACUGCUUUCCUGUACCUCCACAUACCUAAACAAUGUAAUGAUAGUCAUUGCAGAUGUAUACUUUGGGGUGAUCAAUUUUGGAUUCACUAUGGUGUCCUAUGGCUUCAUCAUCUCCAGCAUUCUGAAGAUUCGCACCAAAGAAGGGAAGAAGAAAGCCUUCUCUACCUGUUCCUCCCAUCUCAUCGUGGUCACCAUAUAUUAUACUACAAUUAUAUACACAUACAUUCUCCCAGGCUCUGGGUCCUCCAUGGAUAAUGGCAAAAUAGUGGCUGUACUAUACACUACUAUCAGCCCCACCUUAAACCCUCUCAUUUAUACUCUGAGAAAUAAGGAUUUCAAAACAGCAGUCAAGAAAAUGUUUCCAUUCAUUCAAUAA